GACAGAGACAGAGAGAAACGGGCAUGUGGCGCAAUGGGUGGGAGAACGUAGAGUGAAUUAUACUUAAUCUGAGCACCCUAUUGAAAAGAAAAAUGAUAAGAUUUGUUCUCUGGAUAUUACUCUUUCUCAAAAGUGAUCUGAUUGAUGCUGUAAAUGUGUCGGGAAGAGAGGGAAGGAAAGUAACUUUACCGACUGGACUUACUGAACUACCUACUGUUAUAGCAUGGUCUUUCUCUUUGAAUCAUUCAGAUUCAAUUGAUAACAUAGCUCUGCUGAAUGCUGGUGUAAUUAAAACGGACUACAGUAGGAAGUUCAAAGACAGACUGAAGCUGGAUACUCAGACUGGAUCUCUCACCAUCAGAAACCUCACCAUCAACGACUCUGGACUUUAUAAAAUAUUUAUCAUCACUACACAGAGUUCAUCUAAGAUUGCAAAUCUAACUGUCUAUGCCUCAGUGUCUGCUCCUCACAUCAGUCGCUCAGUGGACAGUCCAUUUGAAAAAGUGAGCUGUUCAUUGGUGUGCACUGUGAAGAACGGGAGAGAGGUGAUCUUGUCCUGGUACAGAGGAGAGGAGAUAUUCAACCAGACCAGCAGCCCUGAUCUUCUCACCAAUCUCUCUCUCCCUCUGGAGUUUAACAAAAGAAAUGUUGACACCUACAGUUGUGAGGCUUCCAACCCUGCUGACUCAAAACCAACUCCACUCAACAUUGAAACGCUCUGCCCUCAAUUGUUCUCACGCUCUGCCAUCAAAGAGUCUGGCCCCAUCGCACUGGUCACAUUGUUAGCAGUUGGGAUAAUAAGUGGUGGUAUAUACUGGGCAGUUAAAAUAAGAACAUGUGGAGCCUGCAAGCAAAGUGAAGAAGACCAACAUUAUGCUGAUGUGAACUUUCAGAGAUUGGUAAGGUCAAUGUUUAUGGAUGUGUGCAUGCACUGUAGGCUUGUGUGUCUCAAUGACCCUGAGAGCUACGCCGGAGGGGCUUUGGCCCUGGUAGAUUUAGCCAUUCCGGAUGGUCUCCGGUGA